AUGGCGAAUUGUUCGGAAGAGGAGCUCCAUGUGGAUGGAAAGACUGUUGCCGACAUAAUGGCCAAAUACACGGAACGUUUGAAGUACCUAGAGCAUAUGAAAGUGAUUGAGCUUCUGUGGAAUAAGAAAGUGAUCGAUCAUGAGGAAUAUGUCAGUAUUCAGAAGACAGAGAAUAUGGACAGAAGACUAUUCCUUCAGGAAAAGUUGCCAAAGAAAGGAGACACAGCAUUCCAGAAAUUCUUGGAAUGCCUCAAUGAAAUAAACCAAAAGAUUCUUGCCAAGGAGAUGCGACGAGAUUGCAUGGAUAACCAGGAAGAGGACACCCGAAGUGCAUUCAAGCAGCUGGAGAAGGAAAAGGACCUGGAAACACGGAACAAAGAAAUGGAAAAGGAACUGGCUUUGGAGAAGAGGCAAAAAGUGGAGCUUGAGAGUAGGAUUAGAAAACUUGAAGAGGAACCCAAGAAGUUAGUGCAUGAAGAGACAGAGCGAGAGAAACGCAAGCUUGCGAAAGACCUCAAGGAAAACAAAGAGAUAGAAGAGCUGCGGCUGGAGCUGUCGAAUGUGCGAACCAUGGAGAUGAAAGCAAAGGACCUUGAGAAGCAACUUGAGGAAAGUAGAUAUGAGGUUGAAAAGCUGCAGCUGGAACUGCGGACCCUGAAGAAGAAAGCAAAGGACCUUGAGGAGCAGCUCAAGGAGGAACAGAAUGCAAAUAGAGGGAUAGUCCGAGAUAAACGUACUCACUUCUCUAAUGUUCUGAGAUACAUGGCCAAUUCUAAAAGUUAUUGGAUUGAUAUAUUAACAGCCGAUCAUGGAGUGACUAAGAAAUACUUCACAGUGGGGUACAGAUGA